AAAGGACCCACCUCUGAUGGAGAAUGAUGAGUUUACUGGUGCCCACCUUGGCUGGACUCCUGUGUGGGCAGCACCAAGAUGUUAUGGUUGGAGUGGAUCAAAAAGACAGCAAUGUAGAGGCUGAAGCACCAAGUAAAAGAGGGAUCCUGAGGCUGAAAUACCCCAUUGAGCAUGGAGUUAUCAGUAACUGGAGUGACAUGGGAAAGGUUUUGACAUCAUUCUUCCUACAACAAACUCUGGUUUUGCUGGAGGAACAUCCCACCCUUUUGACUGAGACCCCCUUGAAUCUGAAGGCCAGCCAUGGAAAAAAUGACUCAGAUUCUGUUUAAAACAUUCAGUGUGCCAGCCAUGUGUGGAGCAAUUCAGGCAGUGCUGUCUCUGCC